UUCCACACAUACUUUGAGAAAGUUUAUUCAGUUAUAUACCAUUGAACUACGCAAUUUGUAUACAGUCGAGUUAUCUUUAGAUUUAACAGCUGAAACAAUUACUUUAUCAUCACUGACUGAUAUAUCGCAGCUUCCAAAAUACAUAAAAUAGGUAAACAACCUGUUCGAGCAUCGUCAAAAUGGAGUCUUACAUAUUUCUUGUGUCUGUUCUGUGUUUAUUGGUAGUAAAAGUACACUGUAGAUGUUACAAACUUGAGGAGCCUCAAAAUCAGUAUCUCACUUAUGAAAGUUCUGGCAUCGAUUUUACUGAAAGCUCUAACUUUCAGUUAUCUUUCAAAACAACUAAAGCGAAUAGCUUGUUGUACUACUCUGAAAGCGAGUAUCGAGACGAUGAUGCACCUUUAGAUUAUGAAGGGUUGUACAUAUAUGAAGGGAUCCUUCAUUACUUUAUAUUCAAUCCAACUAUAUAUGGUGGAGGAUUUUCUAGAGGGGCUCAUGUCAAAACUGAUAAAGAAGUUAAUAACGGAACAUGGAUCACAGUUGAAUUCUUUAGAAAUAAAGAAGGACAAGUGCCAGGUGCAUUCUCUGAUAGUGACCCCAUUACGAUGAACCAAACUGGUAUCAUUAUAAAUGGCGACAAGUUUGUAUUUGAUGGAACCAUUGACACAAUGGAUGUAGCUAAUCAGAAAUUAUAUAUUGGUGGUCAUUCAGAGUUGGCUGUCCGGAUUGAUAAACAGGGCAAACUUGGAGGUUUCGAUGGCUUCAUAGACAUGUUUAAAGACUUGAAGUCCAACACAGAACUCGAUCCUAUGGAACCAGGAAAACUCUUCGAAUCGAAAGAAUGUGAUAGAAAUUCACCUCUUCCAAUUUCCUAAGAUAUAACUGUUUUCAGUCACGGAGAUGGCUGAAUUUAGAUUCACAAUUCAGUUUAUAAAGUUAAUGUUACAUGUAUAUACUAACUGUGAGAUAUAUGGUUAAACAUCAACAUUGUAAAGAUUGUGUAGGGAAAUCAAAACUUUGACAAAGGGAACAAAAACCUGCCUUAAAAUUUUAGUUGGGAACCUUCCUGGAUUAUCUUUUCAAAAUAAACGUGUUAACAAAAAGAAAAUUAAUGGUAACCAUAAUUGGUUUGUGUUGAUUUUUCAGAGAGAAAGUUGAAUUUCAGUAAUAUGCAAAUUAGUACAAAAAAGAUAUCUGUUACACGUCAAUGGAAUCUGUCAUAUUAUGAAAAGGAAAAAGAAAGAAAAGAAAAAAAAACUACAAGAAAACAACAGCUCCCCAUACUAAGUGCAGACAGACACGAAUUUGAGCAAUGCCCACAG